ACACUAGCAUAACGUAAGCCUCUACGAAUCGGUAUACCAAAACAUCACAUUCGAGCGGAGGUACGAAACUGGUUUACUGCGUUACACAAUACUAAAUCUUGAUAGUUGACAAUGCAAAGACAAAGAUGGUCUCACUGUAUCCAACGCCUAUUAAUUUAGAGUUGUGAAAAAAAACAUAUAUUAUAUUGUUUAUAUUGACAUAAAAACUUCUACAAAGUCACAUUAGAAAUGGCUGGAAGGACUGAACAAUUGGAAGCGCCUGAAGUUAAGUUGGACAAUUUGACGCCGGAAGAGCAGUUGGUUCAGGAAAAAUUAAAUAAAUAUGCAAAAUCCAUAUCUACGUUUAAAUAUCCUUUUGCAAUUCCACCUCCAUUCCCUCCAGCAAAGCCGAAUUUAGCUCUUUCUACUCAAGUGAAUAAAAUGAAGCAGUCAGCUAACGAAGCUUUCAAGCGGAAAAAGUACGAAGAAGCAAAAAGACUGUACACUUUAGCUUUACAUUUAGCACUCAACCGUUGUUCUUGGGAACCAGCCUUGCUGACUCGCGAAGAAGUGAGCACUAUGCUCUGUAAUCGUGCUGCUGCUGAAUUAUCUCUUUCGCAAUUUCCAGAGGCGUUGGCAGAUGGAAAUGCUGCUUUAAAAAUUCGUAAUAAUUAUGGUAAAUGUUUCUACCGAAAAGCAAAAGCUUUAGAGGCGAUGCAUCGAAUGGAUGAAGCCAAACAAGUUGUUCGAGACGGUUUAAUUUUGGCUGAACCUAUCACCCGAAAUGAGCUAGUCGCUUUGUGGGCUACCUAUACGAAAGAAAAAUAAUGUCCCUCCCUCCCUAUGCAUCCUGUAAUCCUUUUAUUUACCCUUCCAUUCCUUCCUUUUUCAUGGUUCUUUUGUUAUUCUUCAAAAUGACGGUUUUCUACUUCAAGUAUUAUUCUUAGUUCUUUCGGCUCUUUCUUUUAUUUUUCGUAAUGAAAAGGUCGUCAAUGGUGUUUUUUUUCUUUUUACACUAAUUUUGUAUAUGAAGGUAGAUAUUGAGUUUCCGCUAGAUUAUUUACCGCAUGACCCUGUUAAAAAGAUGAAAUUUAUUAAACUAUAAUAGAAACAAUAAAUGCAUUUUUCCUCCCUACUGUCCGA